AUGGCUGGAAGAAAUGACUGCACUAUUGCUAAUGCUUUAGAGUCAAUGGCUCGGGCACUCCACAUACAACAAAAUCAGGCAGGUGAUGAGUUUUGUGGUUUAGGGAAGACGGGUCACCAUGCGGUAGAUUGUAGGAGUGAUAUGCCGAUUUGUUAUAACUGUGGCAAGUAUGGUCAUAUCAGUACCAAUUGUCAAAGUCCAAGAAAGCAUAGUCUGAAGGGAAGUAUUCCUUUGAUUUCUAAUAUUGACACGGGUGUAAGACAUUUGUUUGUUUCACUUGAUUGUGUUGAGAGGUUAGGGUUGAAAUUAUCUUCUAUGGAUGACUUAGUGUGUUUACAUUUGAAGAAUCUUGAUAGUAUCCUUGGAAUGAACUGGUUAGAGUUCAACCAUGUUCAUAUAAACUAUUUUGACAAGACGAAGUCAUUUCCAAAGUUUGAUGCAAGUAAUGAGUUGUUUGUGUCUUCUAAGAAAGUGAAUGAGUUUGUGAGUGAUGAUGCUAUAAUGUUUAUGAUAUUAGCUUCUAUGAAGGCUGAGAGUAAAGUUGUGAUUAGUGAGUUUCCGGUGGUGAGUGACUUUUCGGAAGUUUUUCCAGAUCAUAUCAGGCAAUCGCCACCAGAGCGUGAAGUUGAGUUUACUAUAGAUUUAGUACUUGGUACUAGGUCGGUGUUGACGGAUCCUUAUAUAAUGUAUACUUCAGAGUUGAGUGAAUUGAAUAUGCAACUAGAAGAUCUGCUUGAAAAUAAGUUUUUUCGUCUGAGUGUUUCACCAUGGGGUGCGCCGGUGUUGUUAGUGAAGAAGAAGGACGGUUAUCAUCGGAUUCAUGUGAAGCAUGAAGAUAUUCUGAAGACUGCUUUCAGAACGAGGUAUGGUCAUUAUGAGUAUUCGGUAAUGUAG